AUGGCGUUUCCAUACAUGGAAGCCGUUGUUGGCUUUAUGAUAUUUGUGUAUAUUUUUGAGACUUACCUUGAUUUGAGGCAACAUGCUGCUCUCAAGUUACCAACACUUCCAAAACCUUUGAUGGGAGUAAUUAGCCAAGAGAAGUUUGAAAAAUCUCGUGCCUAUAGUCUUGAUAAAAGCUAUUUUCAUUUUGUUCACGAGCUUGUAACCAUACUUAUGGACUCUGCAAUUCUUUACUUCGGGAUAUUGCCCUGGUUUUGGAAGAGGUCAGGAGACUUUUUGGUACAUUUUGGUCUCAAUGCAGAAAAUGAGAUAUUCCACACACUUGCAUUUUUAGCAGGCGUUAUGUUAUGGUCACAGAUAACUGAUUUGCCAUUUUCUUUGUUCUCAACUUUUGUAAUCGAGGCUCGCCAUGGUUUCAACAAGCAAACAAUAUGGUUAUUCUUUAGAGACAUGAUAAAGGGGAUUGUCUUAGCUAUGGUGAUUGGUCCACCUAUUGUAGCUGCCAUAAUUGUAAUAGUACAGAAAGGAGGUCCCUACUUGGCCAUAUAUCUGUGGGCUUUUAUGCUUGUUCUGUCUCUUGUCAUGAUGACAGUUUACCCAAUUUUGAUUGCUCCACUUUUCAACAAAUUCACGCCGCUCCCAGAUGGAGAGCUUAGGGUCAAAAUUGAAAAUCUUGCUUCGUCUCUCAAAUUUCCCCUGAAGAAGCUGUUUGUUAUUGAUGGAUCCACAAGGUCAAGCCAUAGCAAUGCAUACAUGUACGGAUUUUUCAACAACAAGCGCAUUGUCCUUUACGACACAUUGAUUCAGCAGUGCAAAAAAGAUGAGGAAGUUGUUGCCGUAAUAGCACAUGAACUGGGUCACUGGAAGCUUAAUCAUACAAUGUACUCCUUCAUUGCAGUUCAGAUCCUCACAUUUUUGCAGUUUGGAGGGUACACGCUUGUAAGGAACUCAAAAGACCUCUUUCAGAGUUUUGGGUUUGAUACACAACCUGUUCUAAUUGGGCUUAUCCUAUUUCAGCACACCGUGACACCUCUUCAACAUCUCGUGAACUUUGUUCUUAAUCUUGUAAGCCGAGCAUUUGAAUUCCAGGCCGAUGCUUUUGCCAAGAAGCUUGGAUAUGGGUCGGCACUUCGCGCUGGUCUUGUGAAACUGCAGGAAGAGAACCUUUCAGCCAUGAAUACCGACCCCUGGUAUUCUGCAUAUCACUAUUCUCAUCCUCCUCUGGUCGAAAGAUUAGCUGCAAUUGAUGAACCCGAUAAAAAAGCAGAUUGA